UCCUCUGGCCAAUUUGUGAAACCGGAAGUAACUUCUACAUAAUGUAUACAAAUAACAGAGAUAUACAGAGAUGAUAAACCAGUAGUAAUCUACAUCAUGGUUUGAGACUGGGAAGCCAGAACAAAGAAGCUGCUCGAUGUCAAGUCUUCAAGAGGCUGUUGUGGCUGGAGAUGAAAGAAGGGUCAAAGACGUUCUACAAACCAGCCACCCGACCAAAGAACAGCUGAAGAGUUGUCUGUUCUUUGCCUGUGGGAGCGGCAAAGCGAACUGCGCUGCCCUGAUACUAGAGAGCAGCAGGUUCUCUCCCGAUAUCCACAAUGAUGAGGAGUUCACACUCCUCACCCUCUCCACCCGGGGAGGUCACGCGUCAGUCGUCGAAAUGUUGUUGCGUUGGGACAGUGACGUCAACAUGGCUGGACCCAUGGGUAACACACCUCUUCAUUACGCGUGCAGUGAGGGCUACAUAGAGUGCUGUAAUAUGAUAUUAGCUGCAGGAGCUAGUAUUAAUGCGAAAAAUUCUCGCACAGAUACACCACUGAUUGUGGCUGCCGCAAACGGGCAUCUUGGGGUCGUCCGAUGUCUUCUGGGGAAAAAUGUCUCCGUGCGCCGCCGUGGCUACCAUGACAGAACUGCCCUCCACUGUGCCACGGAAAAUGGCCACAUGGAAAUUUGUCGUUUAUUACUGGACGCUAAGGCUGACCUUGAAGAGGAGGACACGUUCGGGAAUACACCGCUGGUCUGUGCAGCGGAAAUGGGCUACGUGGAGGUUAUGAGAUUAUUACUAUCGUAUGGUAGUGACGUCAAUCGCAUGAGUCAUAGCGCAGCAACAGCGCUUCAUUUUGCUGCACAACAUGGCGAUUUGGAAUGUUGCCGUUUAUUGCUUGACGCACGCGCAGAAAUUGAUGCCCAGGAUAUACGACGCUUUACGCCAGUCAUGAUGGCAGCAUUGUAUGGCCAUGACCAUAUCGUUAAUUUUCUGAUCGAAAGGAGAUGCAACGUCAACAUGGCAGCAUAUAAUAAACGAACGGCGCUCCACUGGGCGUCAGAACGAGGUAGCCUCAAGUGCUGCGAGGCUCUUUUGAAGUCUGCUGCAAAUAUUGACGCCCCAGACACUCUGGCCUGCACGCCAAUUUAUAACGCCGCUGUGAAAGGACAAACAGAAGUGGUCAAUUUUCUCAUAAAGAAAGGCGCGGAUCUUCAUAAACGACCAAAUAAUGGCAAUUCGUUGUUGCAUUUUGCAGCUACCGGUGGAAGUGUUCCGUGCUGUCAAGAAAUAAUGCGGGCGGGAUUUGACGUCGACAUUCAGAAUCAGGAUGGAAUGACUCCAUUGAUAUCAGCUGUAAACUACAAACAAAUACAGGCUGUGAAAUUUUUCCUAAAUGCUGGCGCCAACACCAACGUUCGAGGUCUGCACGGCAUGACGGCACUUAACGAAGCUGUGUUUUACAACAGCCCGCAGCUUGUUGCCAUUUUGUUGGAACAAGGAGCGGAUCCCAACAUUGGAGACGACGCGGGAACGUUACCGCUAUGGUUCGCUGUAGAUGGAUUCAGCAUAGAAUCAGUGAAACUUCUCUUACGGGCGAACUGCAAGUUUGAUACACAAUCUUCUUUGAGUAAUUACUGUGGACCAUGCAACCCAAUCGAACACUCGGUCCAUAAAAAAAAGGAGCAGGUGCUCCGCUGGUUGGUCAGUGCGUACUGUGAGGAAGCAGUCAAUAUUUUACGGAAACACUUGCCAGUGCUUGAGAAAAUGUCUACUGUAGAAGAAGGUAUGAAAACUCAAGUUCGUGAAAUAUCGAGUUCUCCAAGAACUCUAAUGGAACACUGUCGAAAAAAUAUCAGACAAACGUUUGGAAGUGGUGGGCAAAUCCAAGACAAAAUUAAGCUUCUUAAAAUGCCAACAGCACUGAGGGAUUUCCUUUUGUUUUCCGAUUUUGAUAUCGAAUGAAUAACUAGUCGAGCAUCUUUUAUACUAGUAUAUAUCAUUAUUUAUUUAUUCUCAAUAUCUAUGCUUUUAAAGUUUUUAUCUAUUUGUGUUUUAAUUUUGCUCACUUUUACACGAAUACAUGUUGUGAGAUUGAAAUAUUUAACUUAUUAUAUUGUAUUUAUAUUAACUGUAUUAUAGUAAGACCAUUCUUGGCUUUAGCCUCUCAUUUUAUAGAAGGUAUUAAAGAAUAAACAAAGCAUGCACAGCA